CCCCGUCGGCCCCCCUCUCCACUCCGCUCCCCACACCUCCCUCCCGCUCCCUCCUCCCGCCCGCCCUCCCCUGCCCUGCCCGCCCGCCCCCGCCGCAGCUCCUUUAAUACACUUUGGUUCUCCGCCUGGCUUUGGACUCUUCUCCUCCUCCACCUCCUCCUCCUCCUCCUCCCGCGCCUCCUCCGCCGCCGCCUCCUCCUCCUCUUCCUCUCCGCGCCUUCGCUCCGCGCCCGGCCGCCCGAGGCAGAUCCAGGCGGCGGCGGAGGCGGCGGGCGCAGGAGCGCGGCUCCCGGGGCUGAAGCCGCCGCCACCACCACCACCGCCGCCUGCGCUCGGAGCCGGGCGGCCGCUGGACGCACCGCGCGCGGGGCGGGAGUGGGAGCGGAGGAGGUGCGGGGCUCGCCGGGGCCGGCGGGGCGGGUGGGCGCGCUGGCCAUGCUCCUGGACGCGGGGCCGCAGUUCCCGGCCAUCGGGGUGGGCAGCUUCGCGCGCCACCAUCACCACUCGGCGGCGGCGGCGGCGGCGGCAGCUGCGGAGAUGCAGGACCGCGAACUGAGCCUGGCCGCGGCGCAGAACGGCUUCGUGGACUCGGCGGCCGCACACAUGGGCGCCUUCAAGCUCAACCCUGGCGCGCACGAGCUGUCCCCCGGCCAGAGCUCGGCGUUCACGUCGCAGGGCCCCAGCGCCUACCCCGGCUCUGCCGCGGCUGCCGCUGCAGCCGCGGCGCUUGGGCCCCAUGCCGCGCACGUCGGCUCCUACUCUGGGCCGCCUUUCAACUCCACCCGGGACUUCCUGUUCCGCAGCCGCGGCUUCGGGGAUUCUGCGCCGGGCGGCGGGCAGCACGGGCUGUUUGGGCCAGGAGCGGGCGGCCUGCACCAUGCGCACUCGGACGCGCAGGGCCACCUCCUCUUCCCCGGCCUCCCGGAGCAGCACGGGCCUCACGGCUCGCAGAAUGUGCUCAACGGGCAGAUGCGCCUGGGGCUGCCCGGCGAGGUGUUCGGGCGCUCGGAGCAGUACCGCCAGGUGGCCAGCCCGCGGACCGACCCCUACUCGGCGGCGCAGCUCCACAACCAGUACGGUCCCAUGAAUAUGAACAUGGGUAUGAACAUGGCAGCGGCCGCGGCCCACCACCACCACCACCACCACCACCCUGGUGCCUUUUUCCGCUACAUGCGGCAGCAGUGCAUCAAACAGGAGCUCAUCUGCAAGUGGAUCGACCCCGAGCAGCUGAGCAACCCCAAGAAGAGCUGCAACAAAACUUUCAGCACCAUGCACGAGCUGGUGACCCACGUUUCCGUGGAGCACGUCGGCGGCCCGGAACAGAGCAACCACGUCUGCUUCUGGGAGGAGUGUCCGCGCGAGGGCAAGCCCUUCAAGGCCAAAUACAAACUGGUCAACCACAUCCGCGUGCACACGGGCGAGAAGCCCUUCCCCUGCCCCUUUCCGGGCUGCGGCAAGGUCUUCGCGCGCUCCGAGAACCUCAAGAUCCACAAAAGGACCCACACAGGGGAAAAGCCGUUCCAGUGUGAGUUCGAGGGUUGCGACCGGCGCUUCGCCAACAGCAGCGACAGGAAGAAGCAUAUGCACGUCCACACCUCCGAUAAGCCCUAUCUGUGCAAGAUGUGCGACAAGUCCUACACGCACCCCAGCUCGCUGCGCAAACACAUGAAGGUCCAUGAGUCCUCCCCCCAGGGCUCGGAGUCCUCUCCGGCUGCCAGCUCGGGCUACGAGUCGUCCACGCCCCCGGGGCUGGUGUCCCCCAGCGCCGAACCCCAGAGCAGCUCUAACCUCUCCCCGGCGGCAGCGGCGGCGGCAGCAGCCGCGGCAGCCGUUUCCGCGGUGCACCGGGGCGGAGGCUCGGGCGGCGGCGGCGGCGGUGCGGGAGGCGGCUCAGGCGGAGGCAGCGGCGGGGGCGGCGGUGGGGCGGGAGGUGGGGGCGGCGGCAGCUCUGGCGGGGGCAGCGGGACAGCCGGGGGCCACAGCGGCCUCUCUUCCAACUUCAAUGAAUGGUACGUGUGAGAGGCCAGGGCCUCUCUCCCUCUCCCUGUCCCCACCCUGGCGCAGCCCUGCCGGUGGCCAGCGCCGAGGGCACCCUGUGAUGUGUUGUUAAAAUUAUGAAUCUGAUUUUUAUGAUGAUGAAAAUGAUUUUACCAGCAGAAGGAUUUUUAAAAGUUUUUUUAAAAAAAUAAUCUAGGCAUGAAAAGCAAAAUAUCCCUUCCAGAGUCUCAGAAGCUGAAAACUUAAAAUAAGAAAUAAAAAAAUUAAAAAAAUUAAAAACCCAUAAAAAUAUUGAACCAAACCCCCAUCCUUAACCACCCCCCCCCCGCCCUCUUUCCUUCUCGCCCAGUUCCCAGUCUUCUGACAAACUGUACAUAGCAAACUCCUUCCUUCUCCAAGGUGGUUUUAAUGGCUUCUUGAUGUAUAGACGUUUGUCCAUUUGUAACUCUCCGGAUUACGUUCCUUCCUGCCUUUCUUCCCUUCCCUUCCCCAAGUAAUGGGCUUUUUCUUUUUCUCUUUUUAGUUUACCCGGUUUCUUUUUAAGUAAUGUGGAAGAAAAUGGUUUAUUUUGUAUUGUGGUAUUGAAUAUUGUGUUCCUUUUUAUGAGGCAACUUGAUUGUAAACUUCAUGCAACUAUAUAGACUGGAAAAAAACCGAGCCGUGCCAAAGUCUCCCUUCUGUUUCUUCAACACAUUCAUCUACAGCGCGCACACACACACCACCACCAACGCUUGUGAAUGUAUUUUUCUGUUAGCUGGGUUUACAUGUGAUGUUUUAGUGCUUUUGCAAGUUCAAUUUGUUAGUUCCUGUAUGAAAGAUUGUGGGGGAAAAUAAACGUCGUGCCGUUAGCUUUUCCGUAAUAACACCCUUCCUUCUGUAAAUACCCGUUACCAUAUUUAUCCAUUUGUAAUUAAAUUAUGGUAUUAACUUGCUACAGAGGAAACAAUAUUUAUAAAGAAUGUUUCUUAACUAUAAAUAUGUACAAUUGUGGGCAUAAACUGUUUCAGAUUUUUUAUUUGAAGGUUUUAAGUGGUUUGAUCAUUUCUUGUGAUAUGUUUUGAGAGUAAUGCAUACAGAAAUAUAAUAAAAUGUGUUGAAACUGCA